AUGAGUGUCAAUGAAGGCGAGUCGCAGCAGACUGAUGGCAACAGUCGUUCAACAGGCAUUGUCUCACACCAGAGUGAGACGACGCCCCUUGAAUCCAGCGCCAGGGCCCAGCUGGCGUCGCUCUCUCUCGCCUUGGACUCGCGUCUGUCGUUGCCCACUCACCAGAAGUCUUCCUCCACCAUCAGAUUCGUCGGCACCGCAAACAACAACAACGACGCAGAGUCCGGCCAAGCCCAGACAGAACCGAAAAAGUCCAGUACAUCAUCAGUGGCCCCGAUCGCCACCAACCAUUUGGACUCGCCUUCAGCCCUACCCUCGAGACGGCUGGCUUCUAGCUCGUCCACCGCAGCCCUUCGCGUCGCCGAUCAAUUGAGCCAUCAAAAGCAGACGACCGAGCCACAGUCGCUGUCGCACCUGGACGAACAACGUCGCGUCGCCUCUCAGGCAGAUUCGGGUGUCCUGCAUGAUUCUGCAUCCGACUCUGUCCAACGUCAAGCUGAGGGCCAACCACCAGCACCGCGACAAUCGGCGAGAUUGACCACUGCAGCUGCAGUGCCCUCGAGUCCACAGCAAAGUUCCUCCAACAACGACACCAUACCGUCCUCACCACGAACCACCCUACCCCACGAUCACUUCAAAAGAGCCGUCACCUACCCACAGCCGCUGAGACCUGCCCACGACAGCAUUGAUCAAGUCGUCGCGCCCGCCAAUACAUACCUCACAAGCCCGGACGCACUCUCACCACGAGAUCCGAGGGAUUCGGGAGGUCAGCGCGAGCUGCUCCUUCUCAAAACUUUAUCAAACACUAGUGCCACCGAUGAACGACGCGCCUCAACGAACCGGCCCCCAGUGUCUUAUAAACCGCCUGCCAACGUACCCAAUACACAAAACAACGGCAACGGAGCCCCCGUUCGCGUUCCUCCUAUCCGUGGCUUUCGUUCCUCUGGCUCGCGCAAGAGCUUAACGCUGAAUAUGAAUCAGCGAGCUCGUUCUUUUGACGCGAGCGACAAUUCUGACGAUUCUGAUCAUGACCGCACGCUGCGUGCUCUAGAAGGAAAAACCCAAGACAUGUUUCAAAGAGCCCCCCGCGCAUCGGCUCGCCACGAGGGCUAUGACGGCCAGGAUGGUGGGGAUGUCUUUCUUCGAAUUGCCCGCGAAGAGGGUGAUCGCCGUAAUGGUGACUCUCAGGAUGAGACCAGAAACUCUGUGUCUCGUGUCUAUCGAACACAUCGCCGGCCACUCUCAACGAAUGUCGCUUCAUACAACCCCAGGUCGCCGCCGUCAAUUGCUCGACGAAUGUCCGACGACCAGGACGGUGGCCGUGUCACGAGAUACAUCGACGACCGCGCAAGCGAAAUCACGAGGUCAUUGACCCAGAGACUUCACUCGAGGGACCACAAGGCGGCCUCUACACACCCAUCCGAAGAUGUCUAUCGCUCGUCGCGACCGGGAGGCGUCGGUCUACGGGCCUCACCAUUGGCACCACGCUCCCAAGCGCAGCAGGAUGUGGGAUCGGAGAAUCCGUACCACGCGCGACGACGCUCUUCUGUCACAGAGCAAAACCCAACAUCGCCAGGGCGGACGCCCGUGUUCAAAUCCGGGGCUGCUAAUCACUAUUCAAAAUCGUACAAUUCUUCACCUCUGGUCCGAUCCUUUGACCAAACUGCUCAUCAGCAUCAACCCACCGAGGCCGCCGGUGGCAGGGAGGGCACUGAAUCCACCGCCUCCUUGACAGCCCCAUCGACCGUUUGGGAUGAGCUCGAUGACCUCAAGUCCCGGUUGCAUCGACUUGAGCUGACCGGAAAGCUACCGUCGACAUCGGCCGCUGCCGUUUCGAGGCUUGCCGAAGACCGACCACCCACAGCCACCACCACCGUGACAACAAUGUCGUCUUCUCCUAAACGCCAGGGCACGGGUGCCAACCAGCAGUCACAGAACCUGGAAUCACUGAGCAACGCUUCGACCCAAAAAGAGGCCUAUCCUAUACUGCACUCAGCCCUGUCCAAGUCGAAACCUUUCUUGAGCCCUGAUAUUUUCAAGACUCUCGAGGCUGCCGCCAACGACGCGAUGGCUCUGGCAACAAUGAUGGGCCAACCGGGCCAGCCAGGGCCAGUCUCGAGCAGUGGGAGUACGAUUGGGGUCGGCACGAAUCUGACGGAUCGUCAGUUGCGACGCAAGGCGGACAGUGUUUGCCGCAGUCUGACCGAGUUAUGCGUUGCACUUGGAGAGGAUGUCGCUCACGCCCAGCGUACGAGAGAGUCGAGCCAGCCACCAAAGGCAUCCCGAGCUCCCGCGCCGACCCAGUAUCACCCCUCAUCUUCGUCCACGCAAAUGGAUGGGCCAUCAACACCCACGGUUGCCAAAUCCUUUAGCAGCAUACACACUCGGCGGCCAAGCAUUGUUUCCGAGCGGACGUUGCAAAAGUCCGAAAACGUCAGUCCCGGCCGGGCCUUGUCCAAGUUUGAGGAGCGGAGACACACCAUACUGGCAAGCAGCGCAUUGCCGAGUCCCCGCGUCGUAGGCUCUACUCCCACAACGCCGCAGGAACCUGCCCAUCAGCGCAGGUCUUCUCUGCUCAUCUCGCGUACCCGCAGAGCUGCCACCGAGGAGCCUGAAGAGUCAGCCCCCGUCGCGGGUCGGAGAUCGUCGAUGCUGCUGCGUUCUCGUCGCGGCGACACCGAAGAGCCUGAAGAGGGCCGCCAGACGUCGAUGCUGCACGUCCGCAGCCGACGUGGGACCGUGGAUGAAGGCGAGCAAGCGUCUCGCCUGGCCGCCCCGUCAAGAGCUUACACCGAGGUCAAUGCCACGCGAGGUAGCAAUCGCGAGUAUACCGAGGUGGCCACAACCUCUAGAGGCCCGACACGCGAGUUCGCGCCUCAAACCCAUGCGUCAACAAGAGACAAUGUCCCACAACCACAGCAGCAGUCGGCCCUGCCUAGGCGCCGGUUUGGAUCGACGAGCACUACUCCCACAUCCCGUCUAGCAGCGCCAGGAUCCAUUAGCGCGCUGCCCACGGCCCUACCUUCGCGGAAGUACUUGGAGAGGUCACCCCAGGUGCAGGCGCCAGAGGGUGAGACCGCAGAGUCACAUCAGAGAGGCGGCGAGGAGCGCACACGACAACGCUAUUACUCGCUCGGGCAGAAUGUGUCGCUCAAUCGUUCUGGUAGUCUCAGCGCAAGGCGACAGAACCGUGACAGCACAAUUACGAAUGUGUCGAGUACAGCCACUGCGGGAGGAUACCGGUCCUGA